AUGGCUGCUGCAUCACCGAUCGGACAGCUGUCAGACGAUCUUCUCUCCGUUAUCCUCCAUUUCGUCGGUAGAUCCGACGGUCAGCUCCAGCACGCGCUUGUGUGCAAGAAAUGGCAUCGCAUCGCCCGUAGCGUGCACGAGCACAUCCAUCUUCGCGAAGAGCGUCGCAUACGUCCAUUCGAGCUGCUCGCGCAUCUCUCGUCAUUCCCAGGACUUCGAAAGCUCGUCCUCGCCAACGGCAGCAUCACGUCCAUCCCUGACUUCCUCCUUUCGGGGAUUGCCGACACGUGUCCAGAUCUGACGGACCUCCACGUCGAUAAGAUGGAUCGAGAGUACAGACGCGGGGGGUUCACUGAGAACGUUCUUUCGUAUCUCUUUGGGAAGUGCACACGGCUGGAGGGGCUUCAUCUUGAUUGUCAGUCGAAUCUGACCGCCAUUCCCGCUUCAAUCGGCGGCCUUGCGUCACUCAAGAGCCUGCACAUCAUCGACAGUGGGAGAAUCGCUCUCCUUCCAGAUUCUUUCACCUCGUUACAGGCACUCGCGCAUCUCGUGAUUGAAAUGUCCGACCUGGAUGAACUGCCUCAGAACUUCGGCAAUCUGAGGCAACUCAAGUCGCUCCGGCUGGAAUGCACGUGUCUCCGCUCAAUUCCCGAUUCUUUCGGGCAGCUUACCAACCUAACCCAUCUUUCCAUCAACGGCGGUCCAAGGCUUCAGCUGCCUGAAUCCAUCUCCAACCUUUCAUCCCUACUGACCCUCGAAAUCUGGAGGUGCCAAAAGCUUUCACCGCUGCCCGAGAGUUUCGGGAACCUGCCGGCGCUUGAAACCCUUCGCCUGGAGGACGUGGGGGGGGUAACCAGCCUUCUCGCGAGUCUCGGGCAGCUGCAGCGGUUGCGGCUCCUCUCCGUGAUCAACUACAGCAAAAGAAUAUCUUUCCCAGCCUCCCUUUCCCACAUGCCCUCUUUGACGGACCUUAUCCUCGUCGGAUCAUCACUCUACCAUCUGCCUGACGACGUCGCUCUACUGCCAUGCCUACGCACUCUCAAGUUGCGCGGAGUCCGCGUGCACCUGCCUCCCUCUAUAAUCCUUGCAACUGCACUUAAAGAGCUUACGCUUGAAAACUUCACAGCUCUACAAUCCCUGCCCGAGGAAUUCGGGCAGCUCACUGCUCUGGAGAUACUGUGCCUGGAUGAGCUUCCGCGGCUCAGCAGCCUGCCCGCGUCGCUUGGCAACCUGACAAGCCUCAAGGAGCUGAAAUUCGCCAGAUGCGGCAUGCUGACGCAACUUCCAGACUCCCUCACUCUGCUUUCUUCCCUCGAGCUGCUGGAAAUCUAUGACUGCUGCAAGCUGACAGCGCUGCCGCAGGGCAUGGGGGAUGGUCUGCGCAGCCUGCGCAGACUGCUUCUGCUCGAAUGCACAGCUCUCACCCACCUCCCUCCAUCCUUCUCCAGCCUCUCCUCCCUCGAAACCCUAGGAAUCUCAGAAGCACCCAGCCUACAAGGCACGCUUCCAGGCGGGUUCUCCCACAUGACAAGCCUCAAGGACCUCUCCCUCUUCUACCUGCCGCACCUGCCCGCCCUGCCUGCCUCUCUCCCUGCCAUCGCCCGUUCUCUCACCAGCCUCGUGGUCAGGUGCUUGAAAAUCAAGGCGCUGCCAGAGGAAAUCGGGCAGCUGGGAGCGCUUGAAACACUCGAGCUCUCACAACUUGACCUCAAGUCGCUCCCUGGCUCGCUGUAUCAGCUGCAGCGGUUGAAAUCUCUAAAAGUGAGUUCCUGUUUGGCGUUAGAGUCGCUAUUUGGGGAUGAACACACGGCGGAUGCACACACGGGGGAUGCACACACGGGGGAUGCACACACGGAGGAUGCACACACGGAGGAUGCACACACGGGGGAUGCACACACGGGGGAUGCACACACGGGGGAUGCACACACGGAGGAUGCACACACGGAGGAUGCACACACGGGGGAUGCACACACGGGGGAUGCACACACGGAGGAUGCACACACGGAGGAUGCACACACGGGGGAUGCACACACGGGGGAUGCACACACGGGGGAUGCACACACGGGGGAUGCACACACGGGGGAUGCACACACGGGGGAUGCACACACGGGAGCUGCCGGGCAGGAGCUUGGGGGGAGAAUCACCCGCCUCGAGUUAGCCAGUCACACGGGUAGCAGCAGUGCCACUGGCAGCUGUGGGGGAUCCGAGGAGAGUGGCACGGGUGUGUCGCUGCCAUCCCUCGAGGUCCUUCAGCUUGCGGAGCUUCCCCUGCAGCAGCUCGGUGCAUCGCUGGGCUGCUUCCCAUCGCUAACCAGGCUGGAAAUUUCUGAAAUGGAUCUGCUUCGCUCGCUGCCAGACUCCAUCUCUCGCCUCUCUCGCUUGCAGUCACUCACAAUCAUCCGUGCCGAAAGCCUGGUAGCACUGCCAGAGACAAUAGGGCAGCUCUCAGCUCUCACAUCCCUCCAACCUUCCGAACUCACGAGCUUGACUGCUCUGCCCGAGUCACUCGGGCAGCUGAAGAAGCUUCGGACUUUUGAAAUUUACAACAGCCCGGGCCUAACCAGGCUUCCCCAGUCCUUCCCUGAUCUCUGCCAGCUGGAGUCGUGUUCUUUGAUCGAGGUCGGAAUCUCGUGCCUUCCAGAUGAGUUUUGGAAGCUCUUUGCUUUGAAAAGCCUCUCUUUGAUGGCACUGCCCGAACUUUGCAGCCUGCCCGAAUGUUUUUCGCAGCUGCCCGGACUGGAGGAUUUGAUCCUGCUCAGAUGCGAGCUGCUGGCUCAGUUACCCGCGGGCCUGCAGAAGAUGGGGAAGCUGCAGACAUGCGUUGUCUCUGAGUGCCCGCUGCUGUCUACAAGACGGAAGAUGGUGAUCUAUGGUACAUCGAACCUGGACGAGGGAGAGCGUGCAGUGGGUGGCUCGGAGGACGAAGAUGAAGGGGAAGUGUGGAUGGGGGAAGGGGACGAGGAGGAGGAUGAGGAGGAGGAUGAGGAGGAUGAGGAGGAGGAGGAGGAAGGGGAUGACUCGGAGGAGGGAGGAGAGGAGAACGAAGGGGAGGGGAGUGAAGAUAGGGGGGCAGGGAAAAGACGGAGGGUGGUGAUCUAUGGUUCAAGGAACCUGGACGAGGGAGAGCGGGCAAUGGGUGGCUCGGAGGGAGAAGAUGAAUGGGAAGUGUGGAUGGUGGAGGGGAGGAGGAUGAGGGGAGGGAAAGUGGGGGAGACUGAAGGGGAGGAACUAGAACGGGUGAAUGGGAGGAUGGGGAGGAGAGUGAAGGGGAGGGGAGGGAAGGGGAGGAGAACGAAGGGAAGUGGAGUGAAGCGGAAGGGAGUGAAGGGUAGCUGGCAUCCAACCCGGGCUUCGGAGCGAGACUCUGGUGGGCAGGUUUUUCAAGUUCUCUGUGUACACGGGCAGCCGUUCAAAAUAUUUCCGCUGCUGGGGCUUUGCAAGCUAGAUGCGCUUUUAAAGGGGGCAAGACAGAGGGUGGUGAUGUAUGAUACAGCGAACCUGGACGAGGGAGUGCAUGCAGUGGGUGGCUCAGAGGAAGAAGAUGAAGGGGAAGUGGGGAUUGGGGGGGAAGAUGAGUGGAGUGAAGGGGAUGAAAGAGAGUGGGGCGAUGGUGAGGGUCAUGAACGGGAGGAAGGAGAGGAGCGAAAGUGA